UGGAGAGCAUGCUGGAGCCAGAUGAAGGGACGACAGGAGCGAUGAGAGCUAUUACAUUUGGCGUCCCUGACAUCACUGCGGCCCUGGAUGUGAAGGAGUACUACCGCCAGCUGGCUGAGAGCCUCCAGUUUGAGUGCGGUGCAGCAUCCUCUGCUGUGGUUACCCGUGGUGAUGGAAAACAACUGCAAGUGGGAGGAGCUGCAGGGUCAACGGUGAAAGACCUGUCAAAGAUGAAGGACGUCAGUGAAGUGAAGAAGCUGAUUGCAGAGCUACAGAAGGAGCUCGCUGAGCUUGAGAAGUGUAACGAGGAGCUGGAGGACGAGGCUGAGAUGAAGAAGGCUGCGUACAUGGACGAGAUCGCUGAGUUAGAGGGUACUUUAGAUGAAAUGCGGCAGCAGGAGGAAGACUUCCAGGUGCAGAUGAAGGAGCAGUGUGAGGACUACAAAGAGCUGCUCAGCGAGAAGAUGGCCCGAGAAAUGGAAAUAACCGCCUACAGGAGUCUGUUGGAAGAAGAGGAGUGCCUGUGUGGCCAGUGACUCGAGAGUCAGACUGGAUGCUCCCUCUCACAUGGAUUAGAAAACAAACCAAAGAGAACCGUGAAACACACACUUGGAUGAAGCUUAAGGUACCAACGCAGCAAUUAAAAUAUAACUUAUCACGACAGAUUAAUGCCGCCUGGAGGCCUGAGCCGGGCGGUGAUAACAGGUCGCUGGCAGAUGACCUCGAGACUCCAAGAAAGAUGGAGCUGUCUAAAAGAGGUGGGAGGAUGGGGGCCGGGCGAUGAGUGUGUAUCCAUUCAGUGUCUGUCUGCGAUAUUUCCUUAAGUGGGUUUUAUCUCUACCAGCUCCCUGAUAUGAUUCAUAAAAGUGUUGUCUCCUCUUUGAAGAACGAUCUCCACACAAACACACACACACACACACAAGUUUAACUGUGCGGCUCCGUGAAGUAAUCCCCCCUCUGAUACCACCUCGUCCAUCACCCAAACUCUGUCUGAUUACCGGCUCUUAACCUUUGACCCCUUCACUGUUAACAAACAUAUCGACAGCUCUACUUUUUGGUACUUAAAAGCCUCCGACCUUCCCUUUGCUUUUACAGUCAUGCAUUCGUGUUUAGUUUUACUUAUAACUGACAGUCAAGUCUUUAGCACACUGUUUGCUUUUCAAAUGAUUCAUGACGCUUUUUCUGCUUUUGCACAAAGAGCACCUGGAUGUUUCUACAAGGAGAGCCGGUGUGAUUCAUUAUUCCUCCUUUGAAAAUCAAUUUCCCAAUUUGCUGUCGUUUCAGAUAUAAGGAUCUGCAUUCCUCUGUAGUCUUUUCCUUAUUUUCUACACGACUUUUCAAGCUGUCUGUGAUAAAUAAUUUUUUCUUUACGCUUCUGCCCAAGCGUCAGAAUGUGCUUUAGAUUUAAAUGAAAUAAAACCAUUUG